GGCUGCCGGUCGUUGUCUUCGGGCGGCGGCGGUGGUAGGGAUCCCCUUCCAUUGCUCCGCUGUAGCUCUUGGGCGUCCUCCUUUUCCAGGACGCGUCCUAGAACUCAGCCUUAGGAAUGCCCAAAGCGUCCUCCAUUUUGAGCAGCGCCAAGAAGCCUGUGUUUACCUUUCUGUAUGAGUGCUUUGUUCGCUUGUGUUCAGCCCUGCCCUCCUCCCCUUUCCUUGGACGGCCUCCAUUUCUAACAAGACUUUACUUUUAUAUGAGGCUUUAGGCUGCCAUCUACACUGGAGAAAUAACCCGGUUUGACACCGCUUUAACUCUUUGCCUGGCUCAAAGGCUAAGGAAUUCUGGGAGCUGGAGUUUGUUGUGGGGUCCGGAGCGGAGUGUCAGCUUUCAUUCGGGCAUGUCCUCCAUUUUCUUGGAUGUCCUCCAAUUUGGCCAUGACUAAGAACCAUGGGUUUACAUUUCUAAGAGUGUUUUCAGUUAUUAAUUCGCUCACGCCCUGCAUUUUUUCUCGAAGGCCCUCCGUUUUGAACAAAAAGCCUGACUCUGAGUUUUUAUUUAGCCGUGCCUUCCAUUUUUUCCAUCAUUACCACAACAACCUUGUGAGGCCAGCCAUGCAGGAAAGCAUCCGUUUUGCUUCAUCGGGAGAUGAUGACGUUAAAAUAUGGGACGCAUCAUCCAUAACUCUAGUAGACCAAUUCAGUCCCCACUCGUCCUCCCAUCCAGUAAGCUCUGUAUGUUGGGGCUGCAACAAUAAUUUUUUGGUCACUGCAUCUGGUGCUGGUGAUAAAAUAGUGAUUUCAAACUGUAAGGGCAAACCAGUUCCUCUCUUUGAACUAGCUGAAGAGGCAAAACAGACAUGUAUAAGUCUCAGUUCCAAUUCCAUGUAUAUUGCAAGUGGAGGCACUGAUAGCACUGUUAAUAUCUGGGAUUUAAAAUUUAGAAAACUUCACCGAUCUCUUAAGGAUCAUAAAGAUGAAAUAACGUGUGUGUCAUUUAAUUGGAAUGAUUGCUAUGUUGCUUCGGGAUCUUUGAGUGGUGAAAUUAUUCUACACAGUCUUGCUACGAAUCUAUCCAGCACUCCAUUUGGCCAUGGCAGCACUCAGCCUAUUCGACACUUGAAAUAUUCUCCUUUUAAGAAGGCAUUGUUGGGCAGUGUUUCUGACAGUGGAACCGUAACAUUGUGGGAUGUCAACAGUCAAACUCCAUAUCAUAAUUUUGAAAAUGCGCAUAAAGCCCCAGCUUAUGAAAUCUGUUUUUCACCUGUCAGUGAGUUGCUACUUGUAACUGUAGGUCUGGAUAAAAGAAUCAUUCUCUAUGACACCUCAAGUAAAAGGCAAUUGCGGACUUUAGUAGCAGAAUCUCCUUUAACUGCUGUAGAAUUCAUGCCUGAAGGAACUUCCCUGGCAAUUGGAUCUUCUCGCGGAAAGAUAUACCAUUAUGACUUACGAAAACUGACAGCACCUGUGAAAUCUGUCAGUGCUCACAAAACUUCUGUGAAGUGCAUAGCGCUGCAGUACUAUAAUAGCUUUUCAAAGUCUAGUCUUAAAGUCUCAAAUAAACAAGCUUCCAAAAAAACUGAUGUCAAAGCAACAAGUACCACUGGAGGAGUCCAGAAUGCUGGCAUGGUCAAAAAUCUGACUUCUAACAUAUCUACUGCUUUCCUGCCACAGUCCAUGCCGACUGCUGAAAUUAAAGGAGCAGAUGCUAUUCAGGAUAAAUCAGGAUUUCCACGCAGCAACAGCAGCUUGGAUGUAAUUCCUUCCAAAGAAAUUGAUCAUGGGAAUACUUCUAGUCUAACUAAUUCUGAUGACUUGGUGAGGAAUAGUUUGGGUGACUUGUUCUCUCCACUUCGGGAUGAUGCUGCAGCUUGUAAAACAAGUGAAGAUGUUCCAGGAAAGGCUGAUGGUUUGGAUUUUCAGCCUUACCUUUCAAGUUUGGAUUUUCUCUCCCAGUUCAAUGCUACUUUACCUGCAAGAAAAAAUCCAACAGGAUCCAGCCCACAUAUAAUGCAUUCCAGUCCGCUUAACAUAUUUGUUGGCUCUCCUGUUAAAGAGGAGGAUGAGAAUCCAGAUGUGGAUGCUAAGAAAGCAAAUAACGGAAGACAGGAGUCUAGAGAACACCUCAAACUGUUCAGUUCAUCAAGCUCUGAUUCUGCAAAUCUAAAUUCUCCACCAUUGAUCAACAUAGUCAAGAGUCCGGAUUCUCGAGACAGGCUUAUUAAGAACCUCCAAGCACAACUGGCCUAUGAAUCACCAGUGAAUGGUACUACUACCUCAGCAAGUCCAAAGAUAACAUCUACUGUUACUGCUGGAGUUGCCAAUUCAUUAUCUGAAAAAAUAAUAGAUACCAUUGGAAGCAGCAGUUUGAAUGCACCUUUAUCUUCAGUUCAAAUACAUUUCAUUCAGAAUAUGAUACAAGAAACUCUGGAUGACUUCAGGGAAGCCUGUCAUCGUGACAUUGUAAAUUUGCAAGUGGAGAUGAUCAAGCAGUUUCAUGUGCAACUGAAUGAAAUGCACACCUUACUUGAAAGAUAUUCUGUAAAUGACAGCUUAGUUGCUGAAAUCGAGAGACUGCGGGAAGAAAAUAAAAGAUUGCAAGCCCACUACUGACAAUUCCUGUUCAUGCAAGGAAAACGAAUUGAACUGUUGUGCUCAGGCAUCAUGAUCUUAUCUGGCCAAUACUGAUAAAGAGUGCAAAUUCAGUAUUUUUUCCAGAAAGUUUUUAUUGAUAGAAAAAGCAAUGACAUAUUAAUACAGAAAAAAUGCACGAAUAAUGUUUGUAUCAAAGUGUUUUUAUGGAAAACUUGAACAUAUUGUUUGUAAACAAAGGCUAGUAAGAAUAUUAUUAACCAGGUUUAGUUAUAUACAAUGUGCCUUUAUAAAAAGGGAAACUAAACAGGAAAUGUAUUUUGUAUAAGAAUUUAUUAGCCUUUCUUGUCUUGAUACAUUUAUUAUAUUUUGGCAUCUGGGUGAUAUUUUUACAAUGAAGUCUUUCUAUGAAAUUCUCUUUUCCUUUGGCUGAAAAAAUAUUCAGAUGUCUGGCUCUCUGUGGUUUCUUUUUAAUUAUUAUUAAUGUCUAUACUUCAUUUGCAAUAUACUUUUUUAAAAAAUGUUGCUUUCUAAAUGUAGGGUGCAAGUUUACCUUUGGUUGCAACUGACUUAUGUAUUUUGCUUAUUUACACAAUUUAAUAGCACACUGAUUAAUUUGCUCAGUCUGAAUAAAUAAUUUGUGGACUUCUGCAUAAACACACUUGGCUCAUA